AUGUUUGGUUAUAAACGAGAGGUCAGCACCAUUUGGUACUCUACCCAUCGAUACGAUCCUUUCGAUUCUGGCGCGGAUUUUACUAUCAAAACUGAAGGCUGCACUAUACCAGAGUUACAUCCUUUCGACGAGAGCAUACGAAAAUUUAUUGAAUAUCCAAAACAUUUAAAACCUUGCAGAAAUAAAGACAUAUCAAUAUUAAAAAAUAACGAAACGCAUAUUUGGUUAGCGGCUGAAAAUUUUGAGCACGGCCCUAAUAUUAAUUUAACGUGCUGUUAUAAAGCAUUCUACAGGCCUUUGGCAAUAAACGAAAUAUCAUCCGCCGAUAUAGACGACAGGGUAAAAUAUGACGAAUGCGUUUACUUCUACGAUUACAUCGAAGUGAGCAAUGAAUUUGUUAAAGUAUCCUGCACCAGCCAUGACAAAGUUGUAUAUGAACAGUUUUAUGUAUUUGCGUUGAAGAAGCCAUUUACAUCUUACAAGGAAGAUUCAACCGAAGCCCCAAUAAAUCAAUCGGGAUAUAAUGUAUUAGUGAUGGGCAUCGAUGCGAUUUCUCGAUUAAAUUUCUACAGAACGAUGCCUAAAACUUUAUCGUAUUUGAAAAAGAAAGGUGCUAUAGAAUUAUACGGUUACAAUAAAGUUGGAGACAAUACUUUUCCUAAUCUAAUACCGAUGCUACUCGGCAUUAGGGAUACAGACCUAAAGAGGACUUGCUGGCCUAAUGUAAGAGCUACAUUUGACAAUUGCCCUUUUAUAUGGGACUGGUUUAAAGAGGCCGGCUACUACACCGCGCUCGGCGAAGACAGCGCCAGUUUAGGGACAUUUAACUUUGAAAAACUGGGCUUCAGCGGCACUCCUACCGAUUAUUACAUACGUACUUUUAUACACGAAGCGGAGCUACGAGCUGGAAAUAAUAAAGAUUUUAACUCAUACAUAUGCAUGGGAAAUAAAUAUUUUUAUCAAGUUUUACUAGACUAUAUAGAGGAUUUGACGAAAACUUUAAAAUCGUCAAAACUUUUUGGGUUCUUUUGGGAAGUGACUAUGAGUCACGAUUAUUUAAAUUACCCCGUUAUUAUGGACGAGAGCUACGAAACAUUUUUAAAACAUUUGGACAUAUCAAAAUAUCUAGAAGACACAAUUUUAAUUUUGCUAAGCGACCACGGUAUACGCUGGGGCGACAUCAGGCUCACCAAGCAGGGCCGGCUCGAGGAGCGGUUGCCGCUUGUCCACAUCCUGUUGCCGCCAUCCUUUCGCAAUAACUACGCCCUUGCCUACGAUAAUUUAAAAUUAAACAGCAAACGUCUCACUACACCGUUCGACUUGUAUGCAACCCUAUCAGAUCUCGUUAACAUGGAUAGUAUCAAGAAUGAUAAAGUGAGAUAUCGGAGCUCUUUACACUACGCUCAGGAUCGAAGCAUUAGUUUGUUUCUCCCAAUUCCAAGUAAUAGAACAUGUCCGAUCGCCGGUAUCGACGAUCACUGGUGUACCUGUCUAAUGGGAAGGAGGGUAUCAAGUACAAGCAGGAAGGCAUCAGCGGCGGCCGCGGUCGUGGUGCGGGAACUGAAUAUAUUGCUGCGUCCCCAUCGACAGUGCCAGCGUCUUCUGCUCGCCAAGAUAUUAGAGAUAACGGAGAUGGAAGUGGGGAAGCCGGAAGAAGGCGAAGUUGGGUGGCGCGAGUUCAUAGUGACAGUACGCACUUCGCCUGGGGACGGUUUGUUCGAGGCGACGGUGCGUCUGCGAAGCGGUGGCUGGUCGCUGGCCGGCAGUGUCAGUAGGCUCAACCUCUAUGGCGACCAGAGCCACUGCGUACACGACGCCCAGCUCAAAUUAUAUUGCUAUUGUAGAUAA